UUUUUAUUUUUUAAUUCAAUUUAUUUAUUUAAACUUAUUUAUUUAGGGUAAAUAUGAAGAAAUUUGUGCUGCAAUUAAAAAAUCUGCUAAUGGUCCAUUAAAAGGUAUUUUGGCUUAUACUAAUGAUGAAGUUGUUUCAACAGAUUUCAUUGUUGAUACACAUUCAUCAAUUUUUGAUGCUAAAGCUGGUAUUUCGCUCAAUGAUAAUUUUGUUAAACUUGUUUGA